AAGGGAGAGAGACAGAGCGAAGUUUGGAAGGAGUGAGCGGAGAGCUCAGAAAGUUUGUUUUUCCUUCAGAGCCUCGGAGCUGGUAGAGCCGAAGCAGGGACUCCUUGAGGUCGGCGCUGGCGCAUCUGCCCCUCGGGACUGACCUCCCUUUCCUUGCAGGUUUUAAGCCCCGGAGGAUACAAUGUUCGCUAAACUCUUCCAGCAGUGGAGUUUCGCAGUGUUCCUGCUGAGUUACUCCGUGCCCUCCUGCGGGAGAUCAGUAGAGGGGAUCAGCCGUAGACUCAAACGGGCUGUAUCAGAGCACCAGCUAUUGCACGACAAGGGCAAGUCAAUCCAAGACUUACGAAGAAGAAUAUUCCUCCAAAAUUUAAUCGAAGGUGUCAACACUGCAGAGAUCCGUGCAACGUCAGAGGUAUCACCUAAUCCUAAACCUGCUACCAACACCAAGAACUACCCUGUCCGGUUUGGCAGUGAAGAUGAGGGCAGAUACCUGACUCAGGAGACAAACAAAUCACAGACCUACAAGGAGCAGCCCCUGAAGGUGUCAGGGAAGAAAAAGAAAGCAAAGCCUGGAAAACGUAAGGAACAAGAGAAGAAAAAGAGGCGAACCCGCUCAGCUUCACUAAAUUCUGGCAUGUUCAGAGACGUCGUGACCGAGAGCCCACUCUUGGACAUCUCUGUUACUACACAUAAUCACACUCUAAGGUAA